UCUCUCUCUCUCUCUCUCUCUCUCUCUCUCUCUCGGAUCAGUGUGCCUCACACAUGUUUUUCCCAUUUUGUUUUAUGGGUGUUACAAAUCAGGUAUUCGUCCCUGUGUAUCAGGUGUUCUUUAAUCAGGAAUGUUCUAAUCGUUUUGUAGACAAAUUUUCAUUUUUUUUUUCAUUUACAUAGAAUUAAUUUUAUGCUUUACUAUAAAUUACACAGAAUUCUGACCUUUUAAUGUAAAAAAAAAAAAAAAAAACUUCUAAACUAUGAGUGCCAUUAAUGUUUUCAUUUUCUUGAACAAAUUUCAGGAUUGAGAUCAAAUGUCUCAUAAUUUCCAGAAUAUUUCCAGUCGUUUUUGUGACGUCUCGGUAGCUGUUUGUAGUUAUCUGCACAUCUGUUUUGAUCCAGAGUGACUCAGCUCAAAGUAGUGCAUGUCCAACCACAAGAAACCUUUGUCAGGCACCAGAACAGACCUCAGAAGCAUAUGUACAAGUUCUUCAGAUUGUAGUAGAGCAAUUUUAGUGCCUAAAUUGCACAGAACAUCACAUUAAAGGCAUCAAAAGAUACAGCAUCAAAGACAAUACAUUUAAAAUGCCAGUUUUGCUCAUCAUUUGGAUGCUUUGUACUCUGGAUUCGUCAUACUCCGCUCCUGACAAAUGCGAAGAUGAGAUACAGCGUCUUCAGGCGGAGUUGACGAGCUUGGAGCUUCGCCAUACAAAGCAACAGCAACUUAUUCAACGAUUAAUGAAUCUCAACCAGAUGGAUGAACGUCACCUAAAAGCAGGCUCAUUUUAUGACACAGGAGACAAACAGUACUUGGACUGUGCUCAGAUCUUCAAAAACGGCAGCACACAGAGUGGAUUUUAUAUGAUUAAACCACAGCUAAGUCCAACCUGGAUGAGAGUGUACUGUGAUAUGACAGAGGGGGGUGGAUGGACAGUCUUCCAGAGACGUUCAGAUGGCAGUCAGUCAUUUGACAGAGGUUGGAAUGAUUAUAAAAUAGGAUUUGGUGACAUGAACUCUGCUAAUGGAGAGUUCUGGUUGGGAAAUGAUAAUCUGCAUUAUCUGACAUCUCAAGAUGAUUACACCCUGAGAAUCAAUCUUGAAGACUUUGAGGGCAGCCACCGUUUUGCAGUGUACAGAACAUUUAAAGUGGAUAAUGAACAGAACCAUUACCAGCUCCGGUUUGGCGCAUACACAGGAAAUGCAGGGGACGCUCUCUCUGGAAGUUACCAUCCUGAGGUUCAGUGGUGGGCCAGCCAUCAAGGAAUGAAGUUCAGCACACGAGACAGAGAUAAUGACCGUUAUAAUCGCAGUUGUGCUCAGGAGGACAAGGGUGGCUGGUGGUUUAACAGAUGUCACUCUACCAAUCUGAAUGGGUUCUACCACAGAGGCCCCUACAGCGCAGUCACUGAUGAUGGAAUAGUGUGGUACCCUUGGCAUGGCUGGUGGUACUCCCUCAAAUCUGUGCAGAUGAAGAUCAGACCGGGCAGCUUUGAGCCUAAUGAUGUUUAAUUCAUUGAUCUGAUAUCUGAACCACAAAAUGAUGAAUUUGUGGAUGAUGACAAAUGACAUUAUAGUCCAUCUUAGUAGUCCAAUUCUUAACUUUUUACAUAUGUAGUUAAAAAGCUCUUCUCCUGCAUGUAUCGCAAUAAAGUUUUCAACACAUCC